CAUUCGACUUGUACUGUGAACCGUGUCGAAUGGUGAUCUGUGUGGGGUGUGUGGUUGAGCAUCAGGGACACGCUAUGCGGGAUAUACCAUCAGCAGCUGAGAAUGACAAGCCAGCUGUUUUGAGCAGGACUAAUGAACUGGAGAAAGUCUUAGGCGAAACUAAGGAAUCACUGUCAGGAGUUCUGAGGCUGCACAGUAAGAUACAGGAAAACCAGGAGCUUCACACUCAGGAAGUAGAAAAGGCUUAUUUUGCAGCCUUGGAAGCCUUACAAACCUGGAGGCAGCACUCCUUAGAUGGCAUAAGAAACCGCUAUUCACAGUGGAGUGUGGAGUGUAGUGCUAUACUCAAACAUUUACAGCUACAGGCCCAGGAAAUGGAGACGAUGGUACAGGCUUCUAAUGAUUUAUUAGCAUCAAUGGACGUGGAGUUUUUGCAGGGUUCCACGGACUUCACCAAAACGUAUGUAUAAAUGUGUUAUACCUCCCCAUGUUUGUUAUACAUGCGCACGUGGCUAUUGUCAGCAGAUGUGUUUCUGUAAGCUGUAGUUGUCCAAAACAUGACUCAAGUGUGAGAUAUAUCUAAUGUUCAAUCUUACGUUUGUCCAGACAAAUUAGAUCUAACCUACUAGGAAUAGUACAUCAUGUCAUUCUUAUAACUGCGCGGACACAAGAUCACUACACGACUGUGUCUCUUUGUUUUCUCUCCUCUUCUCGCAGAACUGA